UCCUCCUCUUCCUCUCCUCCUUUUUUCUCUGCCACACUCUUUCUUUCCCUCUCACUCUUUCUCUUCUCUGGACCACCGUCCUCCCUGAACGUCAGUUGGUGAUUUUUUUUCCUCUUAUGGGUUGAGCCUUGUGUUGGUUUCAGAGUCGGAAGAGAGGGAGUGAGAAAAGGGGGGAAAGGAAAAGAAAAGAAGGGAAGGGGGAAAGCCAAGAGAGGAGUGCAGCUGCAAGCCUUCAGGUUCCGUAUCAGGGUUUGGACAACACCAGAAGAGGAAAAGGGAGGCGAAAAGGAGAUAUACAUAUAUAUUUUGGACUUGACUGUGGCAGGGCGAAGGGAGGAAAGGAGGAAAAGGAAGAGGAGGAGGAGGAGGAGGAGGCGGAAAAAAGAGAAACCCUUUUGGAAAUCACCCUUUCAGAGAAGAGGAGGCGAUCCUAGCCAUUCCUUGGCAUCCUUAGCUCCAGAUCCAAGCCCAGAUGGGUCUGGGAAGGAAACCUGGGAUGUCUUCUUUGGUUUUGGACUCCAAAGAAUCCUAUUCGACUCAAGGAAGUUGAACUGGGGGGCUGCCGCAGAGUUCUUCAACUAGGGAGGAUUUCUUCUCAUUGUUAAGACUACUCCUGCUAUUGAGGAUCAUCACCAGCAUCCUCAUCAUCCGAGGGCAGAGGUUCAGUUCUCAGGAUCAAUUGUGUCUUUGCUUGUUUUUUUUUUUUUGUUUGCUUGCUUCCCAGCUUCGCAACCAGCCAUUUCCUUUUGGACCAACUGCCUGUGGAUUUUCUAUGUGCUUCCAAAAGAGAAAGGAAAAGGAGAGGAGGAAAAAGAAACACCAUUCCGCUUGGUGGUUUUGGGUAGUAUUUGAUUGCAUAUUUUGAAAAACAUCCAAAUAUUAUUAUUUUUUAAAUAAUAAGAAUAAUAUCCUAACUCUGGACCGGUCUCCAGCCAUCCGUCUGUGUCUUUGCACUGCCAUGGGAUUGAAGGUUUUUUAGCUUGGUGGUGGUGGCCACCCCUCCCAUUUUUAUCUUCAUUUCAUUUUAUUCUCUCCUUGCCCUGCACUCAAAAGCUUACAUAUAUGAGAUGGAAAAUCGAGGGCUGUUCGGUGCCCUUUGUUACCUGAUGCUUAAUGCUCCUUUGGUGUUCAUGGUGCAAGCUACAUUUACCGAAGUUCCUAAAGAUGUGACUGUUAGGGAGGGAGAUGAUAUUGAGAUGCCUUGUGCUUUCCGGGCCAGUGGAUCCACCUCUUACUCCUUGGAAAUCCAGUGGUGGUACCUUAAAGAACCCGCACGAGAGCUUGCCCACGAAUUAGCCAUCAGUAGCCCUGGCAGCAGAAGCAAGGUAACGAAUAAGGAUGCAACUAAGAUAAGUACGGUUCGGGUCCAGGGGAAUGACAUCUCACACCGGCUUCGCCUCUCAGGGGUCCGGCGGCAGGACGAGGGUGCCUACGAGUGCCGUGUCUCAGACUAUGGUGAUGAGGACACCCAGGAACACAAGGCCCAGGCCCUCCUUCGCGUCCUGCCCAAGUUUGCCCCACCAGAUGUCCAGGCAGCUGAGGCCGUCUCCCACAUCCAGAGCAGCGGACCCAGGCGGGCCGGCACUGGCACUGGGACCAGCACCGGACGAGCUACUGCCCAGCCAGGCUUCGGCGGGGAGAAGCGCCUCUUGCCGGCCGCCCAGGGUGAAGCCGCUGCAGCAGCAGCAUCUUCCUCCUCCUCUUCCUCAGCAGCAUCUUCCUCCUCCUCCUCUUCUUCUUCGUCCUCCUCUUCUUCAUCUUCUUCUUCCAGCCCUACAACGGUAGCCGCAGCUGCUGCGGCUGCAGCAUCCUCAGCUUCCCCUCCACCUGGCAAAGCCACCCUCCUCCGGCAGCACCAUGGAUCAGGUACAGAACCUAUUUAUGCUACAGAUCCAGUUCUCUGUUCGUUCCUGUUAAUGUUGCAUAAGCUUGUACACUUAUUAUUAAAUCACUGAUGGACUUCUUUAUCCAAUAAAUCCUCAGCCAAACAAAAUGGAACCUAUUUAAAACAAAGUGGAUAAACAGAAAGGAACCCUCAACAAGAACUAUAAUCUUAAAGACGGACAGAGAGAGAGAGAAAGAGAAAGAGACUGGAAAAGAAGCAUGACACAUUCUACAGGGGAAGGGUAAAGCAUAUUUUUGGGGACAUUACGCAAAGGUCAGCCACCUGAAAUAAUGCAUCUAGUUUCCAGAGUCUAUGGUAUUAAUGCCCUAUUCCACACAAGGUAGCUAUUAUUUUUCUCCUUUAUUUUUCCAGGUUUUUUUUUCUUUUUAAAAAACCUUUCUUCCAAUAAUUAAUUUUGCACGAACUGUUGAACAGUUGCUUUUACGAAGGGAUGUAAAGAUGUCAGGGGGGAGAAAAGGCUCUUCUAAAGAAGGGCACUAUUUUUUAGUAGAUUAUUGUGGUUAGGCUUUUUAUUUUCAUUAUGAUUAUUCCUCUCCCCCCUCCCACUCUUCUCUCUUUUUAAUUAAAUUAUUUCUUUUGGAAAAACAUUGAUUUAAAAAAAAGGCACAUCUUAUCAUAAUGAAUAUUCACUGUUGAUAAUAUUUAUUUUUAAAUAAUAAAAAAGAAAAGAUUGGAAACAAGGUAAGACAUUUGUUUAUAAACCGUAUUGUAUAUUGCUGAAUAACAGUUGAAUAAUAAA